UGUGAGGUACAAGGGGAGAGAUCUGUGUGUAGACAGAGAGUGAAAACGCAGCUCGAGGAGGAUUUUGUCUGUGUCAACUGGGGAACUCAUAGGGCGGUGUAGGGCAGGGCCAUACCGUGGGGAUGCCAGCCCCGUGGUCAUGGGAGGGCGGUGAAUAGUUAGUCUUUCUGCCAGCGGCUGAAAGGAAGCUGAAGCAGGGCGGGGCUGGGUAGCGCGGACAGAAGGGGAACGAAGAAGAGGCGGCACAAGCAGUCACCCUCCCCUCCCGGUGCCUAUCACUUUAAGGGGCUGCCGCGGCCGGGAGGAGAGUAGUAGCUGUGGCGAGCCAAUGCCGCCGCUGCCUCCUUCUCAUUUCCUCGCUCGCUCACAGGAAGUGGGGCCGCUGCUGCGCGGCGCAGCCUGUAGCAGCAAGCAGCUGCAAAAGCAGCGAAAGCUACCCGUUGAGCCCUGGGGAAGGUAGGCGCGCCGGUUGAGCAGGGGCAGGGAACUGGUAACUCCCAUCUGCUCCAGCCAGCAUGGUCAAUAGUCAGGGAUGCUGAGAGCUGUAGUACAUCAUCAUCUGGAGGGCCACAGGUUCCCUAUCCGUGGUUGAGAGAAGCAAGUAGGCUUUUCCUUAAUUUUGCUGACUCAGAUUAGAUUUCCAAGAAGGAAAGAGAAGCACAAGUGCCAGAGGAAAAUACCCUGCAUAUGGUUUAUGAAAAUUACUGUUACUCAGAUAUUGAUGGCUCUUAUGGGCCGUAUAGAUGGCGAGCAAAAAAAAAUCCCCUAUGGCUACAAGAACAUUCAAAAGUUGAGAGCUGCUUUUGCUUUAUACUUCUCAGAAUUUGAUAAAUUUUUAACUGGUUGUCUUUGGAAAACAAAACCAUAGCAAAUUCAUUGAACUUCCAAGUUUCUGUGUUUAGACAAAUUGCCUUGAAUGUAAUGGGGACUGUAUCUGACAGUUUAGACUGUAAUUGCUUGCAGUAAUGGAAGUUGUACUAACACUGGGAUUUGGGGUCUCUGCAGUAUUGCUUGAACAAGGCAACUGUUGAAAGUUUUUUUUCUUUGACUCGCACAAAUGGAUGUGGCAUUUGAGCAAAGUGCUUUCAUACAACUGUAAAACAAUGGCUCCUUUUGGAAAAUACUAGCAAGUUAUGACCAAAAAAUCCAGCUGUUUUAGUUGGAAUACAACUAAAGUGCUAUAAGAGAAUGCCCAGAAGAGGCUUAAUAUUUCAAGCCAGGACUCGAUGGCUGUUGGUCGGUCUUGCUUUGCUGUUGAGUUUGUUGCUGUUCAUGUACCUCCUUGAAUGUGCACCACAAACGGACGGCAAUGGCUCACUUCCUGGCAUUAUAGGGGAGAAUUUUGGUAAGGAACACUACCAAGCCCUCCUGCAGGAGCAAGAAGAACAUUACCAAAGCAGAGCUAUGAGCCUCAAACGCCAGAUUGCCCAGUUAAAGCAGGAGCUUCAGGAAAUGAGUGAUAAGUUGAAAUUGUUACAGGAAAAGAAAAGCCCAAGAGUCAACAGCGUGGGCUACCAAGGCACCAAAGAACAAGCACCCAAUGAUCUCCUAGAAUAUCUACAUUCUCAAAUAGACAAAGCUGAAGUGAGCAUGGGGGCCAAACUGCCUAGUGAAUAUGGAGUCAUUCCUUUUGAAAGCUUUACCUCUGUGAAGGUGUUCCAGUUGGAGAUGGGGCUUACACGACACCCAGAAGAGAAACCUGUCAGAAAAGAUAAGCGAGACGAAUUGGUGGAAGUAAUUGAGGCUGGCCUUGAGGUAAUCAAUAAUCCAGAUGAAGAAGAUGGCCAAGAUGAAGAUGAUGGAAUAGGGGAGAGACAGCUUUACAAUGAAAAUGAUUUUAUAGAAGGUUAUUACCGUACAGAGAGAGACAAAGGGACACAAUAUGAAUUGUUCUACAAGAAGGCAGAUGGUAUGGAAUACAGGCAUGUCACACUGUUUCGUCCAUUUGGGCCUCUCAUGAAAGUGAAGAGUGAAACUGUUGACAGCUCCAGGUCGAUAAUAAACAUUGUUGUUCCCCUUGCUGGAAGGACAGAAGUUUUUGCACAGUUCAUGCAAAACUUCAGGGAAGUGUGCAUUAAUCAAGACAAAUGGAUUCACCUCACUGUUGUAUAUUUUGGUCACGAGGGGCUUUCUGAAGUCAAGAGCAUCUUGGAAUCAGUUGCUAGAGAGGCUAACUUUCAUAAUUACACUCUGGUUUCUUUGAAUGAAGAAUUCAAUCGUGGCCGAGGACUAGAUGUGGGUGCUAGAGCCUGGGAAAAAGGCGAAGUGUUGAUGUUCUUCUGCGAUGUUGAUAUUUAUUUCACAGCUGAGUUCUUAAAUAGCUGCCGCUUGAAUGCUGAGCCAGGCAAGAAAGUUUUCUAUCCUGUGGUAUUCAGCCUUUAUAAUCCUGCCAUUGUCUAUGCUAAUCAGGAUGUGCCACCCCCUGUGGAGCAGCAGUUGGUGCACAAAAAGGAUUCUGGUUUUUGGAGGGAUUUUGGCUUUGGGAUGACUUGUCAGUAUCGAACAGAUUUCUUGACUGUUGGAGGGUUUGACUUGGAAGUUAAAGGCUGGGGUGGAGAGGAUGUUCACCUUUAUCGAAAGUACUUGCAUGGUGACCUGAUUGUGGUCAGGACCCCAGUACCUGGCCUCUUUCACCUCUGGCAUGAGAAGCAUUGUGCCGACGAACUGACUCCAGAGCAAUAUCGCAUGUGUAUCCAGUCUAAAGCCAUGAAUGAGGCAUCUCACUCUCACCUUGGGAUGUUGGUAUUCAGGGAAGAGAUUGAGGCCCAUCUGCGUAAGCAGGCAUACAGGACUAACAGUGAAGCAAUAGGUUAAAAAGUGCAAUCCUAAGACUCUAUGAACCAGCAUCAUUCUGAAGCCUUAAUUCACUCAGCUGAAAAAAUGCAGUGCCUCUCUUGCUGAAGAUGUUUUCAAAGAUCUUUCUCUGGCCAGCUGUUACCUACAUAUUGCACCAGAUCAGGCACUUGGUGGAAAGGAAGCUUUUCAGUUUGCUUUUACAUGUCUAAUUGUGCACUGGGUGGUGGGUGGGAAGAGAACAAGAACAGAGUAUAACUUUUCUGCAUCUAGAUUUUUCUUCUAACAUGUUCACUUCUCAGAUUUGCAUUAUGUGAUAAUAAGAAUCACAACUGAACAUUAACUGUCUUCUUCACUGCCUGUUGUCCUGUACGGAUAAUUUCACUGUAGUUUUUAGAAAGGGGCACUAUACAUAUGGGAAGAAUGAAACCCUGAGGCAAAAGCCUGUGGAAAAUCAUAUGCAAAAACAUGGUAUGUUGUGCAGCUAGAAUCACUGAAUUCGCCUUAUUAGCCAUCAGGUACAUAAAUCAACUUGCAAAAAUAUCUAUUUAAAGUAUUAAAGAGAGGUUAUUGAACAGCUUACAAUAAUAUUGUCAUGCUGUUUAUUGGAUUGUAUGCUGUUUGCUUAUACUAACUGCUGGAUAGUUUCUUGCAUGUUUCAGGAUGUAGAAAGAAAUGCUGUCUUGAACUUAAGCAGUUCAUUUCACUGCCUCAUUUAUUACACUGCUGAUAUCCUUUGUUCUUCAGGUGAAGUUUCCCUCACUUCGGUGAGGGGAGAGGGAACAGGAGAAAUGCCAUCUGUCGCUUGCUAACAUGGGUCUGUUUUACUUUACUUUUGGCAAUGUGCACAAUAAUGCUUCCUGUUCAUGCCCCAUUGAAAUGAACAGUAGUUCCAGAAAAGCAAAGCUGUGCUGUUGUGUAGUCCCUAUCCAUUUCAAAUGGAGUCUGCCCCGGAGACACUAGGAGCAUUGCGCCCAUUGAAUUCAUGGGCAAUGGAAAGAUACGGCUUUUACUUUUGAAAGACUAUGUAUUGUUUGAAAAUAGUUCUGGACACUGAUCCUUUUUACCAUGUAAUUUGCCUUUAUAUAACAUUGUGAAGAACAAUGUAACUUGUCCAAAGUGAAGAGAAUGUAAUGCAAGUUGGCUUGCUGUUGUCUUCUCUUUGUAAUUAAAUUGAAUACUCUUGUGUUUUAA